CUUUGCUCCAUACCGGCCACCGGACAUCGCUCUGAAGCCACUUCUCUUCGAGGUGCCCAGUCUGACCCCCGAUGCUGUUUUCACCGGUCGAGAAUGGCUGUUCCAGGAAGUCGACGCUUGUCUACGCAGCAGUGAGUCCACUGCCAGUCAAGGUGUCGUUAUUGUUGGCAACGUGGGCUUCGGCAAGACGGCCAUCAUCUCUCGCUUGGUGGCUCUCAGCUGCCAUGGCAACCGCAUGAGACAGAUCACCUCUGACAGUCCACAUGCCUCACCAAAACAUGGCGACACACUGCCUUUGAACCAGCCUCAGUCCGCUCACGGCACUCUGGUCGGUGGGAGCAACUGCCCUGGAACGCCCGAGAUGCGGAGACGCCAAGAGGAGGCACUCAGAAGACUGGCUUCUCAGGUGGUGGCGUACCAUUACUGUCAGGCCGACAACGCAUACACCUGCCUGGUCCCUGAGUUUGUGCAUAAUGUGGCAGCGUUGUUGUGCAGGGCUCCUCAGAUGCAGGCCUACCGAGAGCUGCUGCUCCGCCAGCCACACCUGCAGAGCACACUCAGCCUGCGCGCCUGCGUCCAGGACCCUUUCAGCGCUUUCCGCAGGGGCCUGCUGGAACCUCUGGAGAUCCUGCAUCGAGAGAGGAAGAUUGCGUGUGAUGAGAAUCUCCUCAUUGUGAUUGACGGGUUGAAUGAGGCGGAGUUCCAUAAACCGGAUUACGGAGAAACCAUUGUUUCCUUCCUGUGCAAAACCGUUGAGCGUUUCCCUCCCUGGCUUAAACUGGUGGUCACUGUCAGAACAACACUGCUGGAUAUAUCUCGUCUGUUGCCGUUCCACCGUAUCUCUCUGGACCGUCUGGAGGAAAGUGAUGCGAUUGACUUGGACUUGCAGGGCUACAUCCUGCACCGGCUUCACUCCAGCCAGGAGAUCCAGAACAACGUGGCACUCAAUGGCAAGCUAGACAACGCAGCCUUUGCCAAAUUCAGCACUCAUCUGAAAAGUCUGAGCCGGGGCUCCUAUCUCUACCUGAAGCUCACGCUGGACCUCAUUGAGAAGGGUUACCUGGUGCUCAAAAGCUCCAGCUUCAAGGUGGUUCCGGUGAAUCUGGCUGAGGUUUACCUGUUGCAGCUGAACAUGCGUUUCCCAACUCAGUCGUCAUUCGAGCGCAUUCUUCCCCUGCUUAACGUGGCCGUGGCUUCUCUACACCCGUUAACUGAUGAGCAGGCCUACAGUGCCGUGAACGCCGGCAUGGUGCAUGGAGCUGCCAUGGACUGGGAGGAUUUCCAGCAGAGGUUUGAACUCCUUUCGCCUUUCCUGGUGAAAAGACGUGAUGGAACGCGCAUGUUCAUCCACCCAUCCUUCAGAGAGUGGCUCAUCUGGAGAGAGGAUGGAGAGAAGACCAAGUUCCUCUGUGACCCCAGGAGUGGCCACACACUGCUUGCUUUCUGGUUUUCACGGCAAGACAGCAAGCUUAAUCGACAGCAGACCCUCGAACUUGGCCACCACAUUCUCAAAGCUCACAUCUUUAAGGGCCUGAGUAAGAAGGUUGGCGUUUCCUCUUCAGUUCUGCAGGGGCUGUGGGUGUCCUACAGUACAGAAGGGCUCUCUGCAGCUUUGACUUCAUUGAGAAAUCUCUACACUCCGAACAUCAAGGUAUCUCGGCUGCUGAUUAUGGGCGGAGCUAACGUGAACUAUCGUACAGAGGUGUUGAAUAACGCCCCCAUCCUGUGUGUCCACGCUCACCUGGGCUACCUAGAGACUGUGACUCUGCUGUUGGAGUUUGGGGCGGAUGUGGAUGGCGUUUCAGAGAGUGGACUCACUCCUCUUGGCUACGCAGCCGGCGCGGGUCACCUACCCAUCAUCACCACCCUCUGCAGCAAGAAAGCCAAGGUGGAUCACCUGGAUAAGAAUGGUCAGUGUGCGCUUGUCCAUGCCAGCCUGCGGGGUCAUCUAGAUGUGGUGAAGUAUCUGGUGCAGUGCGAGUGGAACACAGACGGACAGCAGGCCGGAUCCUUCAACAAGAGCCAUGCAGUACAGCAGGCCCUCAUAGCAGCCGCCAGUAUGGGCUAUACAGAACUUGUAUCCUACCUGCUCGACCUGCCCGAGAAAGAUGAGGAAGAGGAGGAACGAGCUCAGAUAAACAACUUUGACACACUGUGGGGUGAAACAGCUCUGACAGCAGCAGCAGGUCGGGGGAAGCUGGACGUGUGUCGUCUUUUACUGGAGCAGGGUGCCGCUGUGGCUCAGCCCAACCGCAGGGGCAUCGUGCCACUCUUCAGCGCCGUGCGGCAGGGACACUGGCAGAUAGUGGACCUGUUGCUGAAUCACGGCGCUGACGUGAACAUGGCUGAUAAACAGGGACGAACUCCUCUAAUGAUGGCUGCGUCUGAGGGACAUCUGGGUACGGCGGAGUUCCUGCUGGCUCAAGGUGCCUCAUUAUCUCUGAUGGACAAGGAGGGGCUAACAGCACUGAGCUGGGCGUGUCUUAAAGGCCACCUCCCAUUGGUCCGUGCUCUGGUUGAAAGAGGUGCGCCGACGGCCCAUGCAGACAAGAGCGGCCGCACUCCACUGGACCUUGCCGCUUUUUACGGCGACUCAGAAGUGGUGCAGUAUCUGGUGGAUCAUGGUGCGAUGAUCGAGCAUGUGGAUUACAGCGGCAUGCGUCCGCUGGAUCGAGCAGUCGGCUGCAGGAACACAUCAGUGGUGGUGGCGCUGCUUAAGAAGGGAGCCAAGAUAGGUCCUGCAACAUGGGCAAUGGCCACAUCAAAACCUGAUAUUAUGAUCGUUCUGUUGAGCAAACUGAUAGAGGAAGGAGAUGGAUUCUACAAGAAAGGAAAGGUGAAAGAAGCCGCCCAACGAUACCAGUAUGCCCUGAAGAAGUUCCCACGAGAGGGUUUCACAGAGGACCUGAAGACUUUCCGUGAGCUCAAAGUCUCUCUGCUGCUCAACCUCUCCCGUUGCCGCAGGAAAAUGAACGACUUUGGGAUGGCGGAGGAGUUUGCCUCCAAGGCACUAGAGUUGAAACCCAAAUCCUAUGAAGCCUAUUACGCACGAGCCCGUGCCAAGCGCAGCAGCAGGCAAUUCCACGCAGCCCUGGAGGACCUGAGUGAAGCUGUGCAUCUGUGUCCCAAUAACCGUGAGAUCCAGCGCCUGCUACAACGUGUAGAAGAAGAGUGUCAUCAGGUUGAACAACAACAGGAUCUGGAUCCGCCUCCUUCCCCUCCCCGUGAUCAAGCCCCAUCCAAUGUCCCACCGCCUCCAAUGGAGCCCCAUAUUUCACACAUGGAGCCAGUCCAGGACUUGUUUGAGGAGGAGGAUGAUGAUUACCUUGAGCGGGAUUUAGAUGGCCUACCGCUUGGUGUUCCUGCUGAGCCCCACACUAUACUAUCGGGACUUCCUGUCAUUCAAAACAUGCCUCCAUCUCCGAGCCAUCAUGAUUCACCCUACUUGGGCCAAGCGUAUGACCUUCGCCCCAGUCCCCCUUCAAUGUCCUCUCCUACUAGGCAAGGCUACCAAUCCUCUUCUCCAUCGCUCUCACCAACGCACCAGAGCUCACACUUUCGGCCCAGUCCCCCUCAUCAGGCUUCCUACCACUUCAGCCCACCACCAUCACCAUUACGCCGUGGACCACAGUAUCGCGCCAGCCCUAACUCUGAGGGAGUCGCCAUGUACCGUCCGCAGUCCGCCUCUGCAGGAUGGUACCAGCAAGACCAGCUUGCAGGGCGACCCAAGUCCCCUCUGUCCAAGAUGAGCAGCCAACGUUCUUUCCAAUUUUCCCAACAGACUUCCCAGCCGUCACAACAGACCCAGUGGCUGCAGCCAGCCAAGGCACAGAUCGUCCGCACCAACCAGCCCAACACUGCGGUACACUCCAGUGCCAUACUGGGUAGUAGUGCAUACAGUCAGAUUGCUCACUCAAUGAGCGCCCGCUGCCCAGGAGACAUGGAUGAACUUGGGGAUGGAGGGUACUCUUCCUCACUUCAACCUCAGGGCAGUCUGAGUGCAGGGGCCUUGUACCAGCGUGCCAUCAGCAUGGAUCCUGGCCUUGUGGAGGACGAGCUUCCCCAGAGGCCCUCCUCUGCUUACAGACCCAAUCCUGGAGGAGUCCGUUACGCUCAGACACCACAGAUCAGCCGCAGUCAGUCAACCGCCUACUAUCCAGUCUCGCCUCACGAAAUUGAGCGACAGGUGACUCUGGGUUCACCAGAGAACCUUCAAGCCCACCGGCGUCCAGUUAGUGCGAAUAGUGCUGAACCCAAACAGCACCCACCAGCUCCACGCCCCCUUAUUCACUCCCACAGUACGGGUCUACGCUUCUCUCCAUCCAGCAACAGUUUGGUGGCAGGUUCCGCUGCUAACCUAGGCCCAGGGUUCAGGCCGUCAGCUGCUGCGCAGCAAAUGGAGAUCCCUCUAAAUCUUUCCUAUGAAGGCAGCUACCAUGAUGACCUUUCACCAGAGUCACCCCCACAAGGCACAGACUUCGGGGUGGUGGGUGGAACAUAUCCAGGAGAAGCGCUUCGCUCCCGCGCCACGCCUUUCAUGGGCAUUAUUGACAAGACCGCACGGACUCAGCAGUACCUUCAGCAGCAGCCUUCGUUUGCAUCAUCCUCUUCGGGUUCUCGACCAUGGACCGUUUCUUCACUGGAUACGGUGGUGAACAGUCCAGCCACUUCCCCUAGCAACAUGGGCUACGGGCAGCAAGCAGCACCCCUCAGCCAUAUUGCGUACUACAACCGCACCAACAACGCUCACAAUGGUCACCUCAUGGAUGACGAUUUCUACAUCAACUCCCCUGGUGUGACGCGGGACCGGGCGGAUGCUAUGGGCCGAGUUAGCCAGAUUCCCACAUACCCAGAUGUGAAAGUGGCACGGACUCUGCCAGUUUCCCAGGCCUACCAGGACAAUGAGUUUAGGCAGAUGUCUCGAAAUGAAAGGCAAGGCCCAACCUCACCCAUUAAACCAAAGAGACCCUUUGUGGAGUCUAAUGUGUAAGAAUAAAGAGUCAGUGUGCAAGAUUUAUUAGAACAUUCUCGAGGAAUAUCUGACAUGUUGACCAACUUAUCUCUUCGUUUUACGUCCCAUAUCUUGAUAAUGAAAAUACAGACCUCUCAAGGUGAAUUUCACCGAUGUGAAUCUAGUGAUUCUAGCAUGUACAAAUCAAAUGCAUCUAUAUUUGCUCUGGACACAAAAAUGGAAGUAUCAGGACCAAUUGGAGUUAUAGUAGGCCUGUGUAACUGCUGUACACCAACCUUCUACUUUUCUGUAACUUCAUGAGAGGGUGGCUGCUCAAUGCCAGUCAUGAACACAUUGCUGAGCAUGGCCCCUGCACCAGACAUCCCCACUAAUGUCCUCACUCAGACCAGUAAUAAUCCCGGAGAAUCUUGCUGUGUCUCAAGUUGAAAAUGUACCUAAAAUAUUCCAGAUCAAUAUUACUAAAGCAAAAAACUAAUAUUUAAUAUUUUAAGUUAUGUUUGUAUAAAUAUAUAUGUAUACACCUAAAUUUCAAUGCAGUUGUGUUUUCAGUUUGCCUUGAGUUGACAUGCACUCAGCAAUGUGAAAUAUUUUUAGACUUUUUUGGGGCAUUUUAAUUUUUUAUCAACAGGAUCGCUACCUUUAACGCAAUGCAAAUAUCUGUAAUGUUUGGUUAAUAAUGUCACAUCUGCUCAAGGGAAGUAGCAUUCAGGUGGUCAGCCGUUAAAUAACUUGCUCUAUAGUAGUCACACCACUAAAGCGGAAAUUGUCUUUUCCAAAGAAACUUUUCUCAUGGGAAGUAGGUGUGGGGAAAACUUUUUUGCAGCCUCAGAAUCCACAUGCUCUCAUUUAUUAUGUUUUGAGAGUUUAUUUGUGCACUGAAACAUGCCUUCAGAAUGUUUUCCCUGUUUGUUUAAAACUGUGAGUACUUCCUUUCAGAUAUGGGAAACCUGACUUGAUGUCCAAGCCGUAGGUCAGGCACUUUUUUGUUUUUUACGGAUGUCUUGGUGGCAUAUUAUGGGAAGACUGUGGCAAGUCAGAUUCACUCACUGGGUCUGGCUUUACUAAUCAAUGUUCAACUGCUGUUGAAGAAGAGCAGGUCUUUUUUGCAGUGUUUUAAUUAUUAUUAUUUUUUCUCUCUUUUUAAAGUUAUAAGAGGUGCACUCAGAGUUGACCUGGAAUACUGCUUACUGUACAACAGUGUUUGCAUUUAACUAUUUGUUUUCCUUUUGUAUGACCAAAAUGUAAAUGGCUGUAAAUAAUGUGCUGAACUAGAACGCAUGCUCUCUGCUAAUACACAAACCUGAGUGUGUGUGUGUGGUUUUGUGUAUGAGGGAAAAGACUGGCACAAUAUAUUUCCUUGUUUCCCUUAUUAGAUAAAAAAAAAAAAAGAACAGAUGAAGUUUAGGUUUUGUAUGUAUUUUGCUUUAAUAUUUGGCUUUGUUUAGAACUGGGUUUGUGAAGGAGGAUUCUCUGUAAAUGUGAGCCGUGAUGUUUUCUGGAAUGGAAAAUCAGAACCGUGAAUGAGGACUUUUUAUCCAGCAGUUAAACGAUUGUAAAACUGUACAGUCAUCUGUAUGUAUGAGGGAAAUAAUAACUUAUUUAAAAAAA